AUGGGUUCUUACAGUUCGGAAAUCGUCCCAAAAAUUGAGGCUAUCCUAGCCAAUGCGAAGAAGCUGAAAAAUGACGAUCUUUCCGCCCGAUUAGGCUUGAUGACGCAAGUGGACCGUCUCUAUCAAGAUUUGGAAUCGCCCAUUGAGUUGUUUUUCAGACAAUGGACCGAUGUGACUGUCUACUCCUGCGUCAAUAUCGCCAUCAAGUUGGGAAUCUUCGAGAAGAUGAAAGCCAAGGACAGCAUCAGUGCUCAAGAACUCGCCGAUUUUGUGGGCGUAGAUUUGGAUGUGAUAGUGCGGGUGAUGAGAGUUCUGGUCGCGGCUGGAAUAGUCGCGUCCCCCGUCGAAGAGACGUACUCUCACACCCCCAAAUCUCUGAUCUUCGUCAGGGGUAAAGGGACUGCGGUUGGCUCCUUUGAGUUGAUCGCAUUGUACGCCAAGAGCUACCUCUCGCUCCCCGAAUACCUGAAGACGAGGCCAUCCGCGGAUCUGUAUGAUGUCUGCAAGACACCGUACGCCUACGAGUACGGCAUUGAGGGCAAGCCCUUCUACGAGGCGCUUUCCUCUGUCCCACAGCAUCUGGACAUAUUCAACCGGGCGAUGGACGAGCCCACGACCGAGUGCGGCAUCUUCCCGUGGUCAUCUCUCAAAGAGGAAGUGCAAGCCGAGCCAGACCGGGCCUUCAUCGUCGACAUCGGUGGCGGAAGUGGCAAAGUUCUCCACUUUGCCAAAGCGGAGACCGGGGAUGUCUUUGGGACUUCUGCGAGACUGAUCCUUCAGGAAAGGCCGGAUGCUCUCGCGCAGCUUGAUCCGGCGCAGCAAGCAGGCGUAGAGAUGAUGGCCUAUGACUUCCAUACGGAGCAGCCGAUCAAAGGUGCACACAUUUACCAUCUGGGUCAUAUUUUGCACAAUCAUCCGGACCAUAUCUGCCGGGAUAUCUUGAAGCGCAUCGCGGAAGCAAUGUCUCCGAAGUCCCGUCUGUUGAUCUUCGAUGCUGUCAUUCCUGCCCGGACGGAGCCUGGCAAGUACAUGAAUGGCUACUUGAUUGAUAUUGUUGGGCUGGCAACGGGUGGUAAGGAGAGAACCGAGAAGGAAACUGCAGCUUUGUUGGAUGCUGAAGGAUUGGAAUUCGUCAGGGUGUGGCAUGGUCAAGCGGGUUGGCAGGGAGUGAUCGAAGCCAGGUUGAAAAGAGGUUGA